AUGAACAUUGGGACUGGGCCAGAGGCCGACUUUCGGGAUGGUUGCCUGUCGCUCCGAGCGUCGACGCUUGACAAGAUUCGAGCAUCACAAUCCCCGGGGUUUUCGGGCCAGGUUCCAAACGGCCUCGGCAGGCAGCCUCUGUCCAACUUCAGGACCCAGCCCGUAGUGGGAUGGGGACACUAUACGGACGGCAUCAACGAUAAGGGGAGGCCGGUGGAGACGCUCAACGGAAAGAACACACCGGGACCUCAGUACGAGCUAGACAAGGUAACUUGCGGGCAGCAGGUACAGUCGCGGUUCAAGACAGCGCCUACUCCAGUUUUCGGCAGCUCGCAGCGGCCGCCGCUCAACGGGGAAGGAUGCGUGAGUCCCGGGCCUAUGACAGCGACGGUCAACGUCAGCGCCCAGCCGCCCGGCCCCAAGUACUCCAUGGCUGGCGCACCAUGGCGGAAGAAGACCAAGGCGCCGAAGUCGCCAGGGCCAGGGCAAUACAACGUCUACGGAUCAUUGGGGGAGCAGAAGGAGUCGACGCGGACGUCAUUCAAGGGCUUCGGUUUUGGGGGCAGCGGGGUCGCUAGAGAUAUGGCCCUUCCCUCAAGGAAGGUUCCGGGACCGGGACACUACUCGUGGCACGAAAAAGACCGGCCGAGUCAGCCCGGGGGAAAGUUUGGACAAGCCCCGCAGCGCCCGCAAACGCGGGGAGAUCUCCGACCCGCCCCCGGUCAGUACAGCAUCCCGAGCACCCUUGGAACGACGAUGGACUCGAGGUUCCGGACGGUGGUGGCCCCGGGGUUCGGGACUCCUCCGCCGAUAGACGAACAGCGGCCGCACUCCGCCGCGGGUAGGCUUGGGGGCGGGCCCGGGCCAGGGGCGUACGACGUGGGAAGGGUGGAUAGUCUGGCGGUGCAGAAGAAGCCCCUUUCUACGGAAAAAAGCUGCCUGUCGUUUCAGAUCAAGCCCCCGACUUCUGUAAAGCCGAACGUCUCACGCGAGAGGAAGAUGCAGGAACUGGACCCGGAGAGCUUGAGGCGCGCCAUCAAGAGCACACGAAAGGGGUGCCGCGUCCCGAACGUUUCGUUCGGGGUAGGCCCGCAGCGGCCCGUGGACAACCCAGGAAAGUGUCCGGGGCCUCAGGCGUAUGAUCCGGAGAACUUGCGGAGAGCGGUGUCCGCCUGCAAGUCGUCACCCACUCGCGGGGUGAAGUUCGGAACUGGUCCUCAGAGGCACAAUACGGCGGAGUCCGAUAAGAGCCCCGGACCGAAUGCCGGUUACUUCAUCCCAUCAACGUUGGGAGCACAGCAGACCAACUCCAUGUUCGAGAGCGUGAAGACGUCAAGCUUCGGCCCCCCUCCCAAUAGAUCCUCCAGGCGGAACACGCCUGUGGUCACCCCUGGGCCGUCGGACUACAACCCAACGUCCUCAAACAUGGCACAAACGACGCACGCUCUGUCCUUCGGGGGAGCGACCCCCAACAGCAAGGGUGGGGGAGCGAGAGGCAUGCCGCGGCGCAGCAGUUCGCCGGGCCCCGGCGCCUACUCGAUAGGGUCUGGUUUGGGCGUUCAGACGUCCUCCAAGUACCCCUCCAGCACGGGGCCCUCGUUCAGGGCCAGGUGA